GCUGGCGCCGCGGCGCCGCUGGAGCUGCCGCGCGCGCAGCACCGCGCCUCGGUGCCAUCAGGCCUGGCGGCCUGCGCCUCUCCCGCGGCGCCUUUCGCGCUGCCGCGCCAGGCCGCCCUUCUCCGGCGCCACUCGCUGGCCGUCGCUGCCCCCGCGGCUGCGGCGGCCUUCGAGCCAGCCUCCGCGCGGCCGUGGCGGCCUUCGCAGCCAGCGCUGGCGCCGGUGCUGGCGCAGGGUUCCCUGCGGGUGGACGCGGCGUGCGACGCGGCGCUCGCUUCGCCGCCGCAGGAGAGCCUCCUCAGCCCGGCAGGCAUAGGUACCCUGAGACUGCGGGAUAUAUGUCUCCAGUACCCCUUCUCCGCAGUGCAGGCCGCGACCGCCAGGUUCGACAUCAGGCGCAAGCUUGGCUCGGGGUCGGCAGGCACCGUUUAUCGCGGAGUGAUGCCCGAUGGGUCAGACGUGGCUGUCAAGGAGAUCGAUCUGGCAGCGCUCGGCGUGGACGCCAUCGCAGCAGGCUUCGAGGAGGAGGUGGCGAUCCUCAGCAAGUUCCGCCACCCAAACCUCGUGGUGCUGAUGGGCUGGGCCUGCGAGGGCUCCCGACGUUUCUUGAUCUACGAGUACCUGAACGGUGGUGACGUCCAGCAGCGCCUGCGACGGUGCAAGGAGUCGCCCGACAGCGCACCCUUCUCGUGGCGAGAGCGCCUCUCUGCCGCGCUGGAUGCGGCCACUGGCCUUGCCCACAUCCAUAACGCGCGGCCGCACGCGUUCCACCGCGACGUGAAGUCUGCGAACAUCCUGCUCGGAGACGGCAGGGCGAAGGUGGCAGACUUCGGCCUCAGCUGCGUGGCCCGGGGCAGGAAGGACAACGACCUGCUCUGCCGUUUCACGAGCGGCACCCCGGGCUACAGCUGCCCGACGUACAUCAGCACAGGGAAGGUCACCGAGGGCAGCGAGGUGUUCUCCUUCGGCAUGGUACUGCUGGAGCUCCUCCUCAACCUGAUGCCCGCCGGCAGGGUCCAAGGAAAUCUCGUGUAUCCGAUUCGUGACGCUGUUCAGCCGGAUGCCCCUGGCGCAUUGCAGCGGUGCAUGGGCGCGCUGGACCCCAGUGCGGGCUGGCCCUAUGCCGUCUCUGCCGAGCUGGCCUCGCUGGCGCUUGCCUGCGUGCACCCGGACGACGCCCGGAGGCCGCUGUUCAAUGAGGUGUGCCGCUCACUGCGCAGCAUCCAAGACCGGCCAGCGUGGGCUCCGCCUGCAGGCGCAGCGCCGUGCCCCACGACGCCGUGCCCAGCGGCUGAACAGGCCUCCAGCCCGUCCGCCAGCGUGGCUGGUCAGCACGCCUGCGCGCCAGUGGCGGCCGAGCGGCCGUCCACCGCGAGCAGCAGCGAGCCGCCGGCCUGCGCCGGCCCCUGCGUCCCGGCCGCGGACAGCGGCGCGGUGGCGUCUGCGGCGGAGGCCGCCGCCGAAGGAGACCUCGAGGGGCGCCCAGAGCUCACCCUGGAACUGACGCACGCCUGCCCCAGCGCACCGGCCGCCUCUCCGCGCCGCGCCCGGGCCCUGCGGCUCCGCCCCGGGGCGCUCGGCGGCGGCCGCUUCGCCGUGGAGCUGGGCCGCCACUGCGAGGCCGUGGGGGAAUGGCUGGAGGAGGUGCUGCCCGAUCCUACCAGCAGGCGCAACGUCUCGCGGCGCGCCUGCGAGGUCUCGUGGUGCGCCGUGCCCCCCGCCGCUGGCGUAGCCGCAGAGGGCGCCGCUGUGUGGCUGACCGCCGUGGGAGCGGGCCUCCUGGCGGUUGACGGUACGGUGGUGCAUCGGGGCGCCAGCGCCGAGCUCCGUCAGGGCUCCCAGCUGCAGUUCCUCUUCCAGCGGCCCAACGGGGAGCUGGGCGUGACGGUGGCGGUGGCUCUCUCGUGGCGCUGGCGGCGCUCCGCCGAGCGGCCGCCUCCCCCUGAAGCCUCCGGCGACUCCCGCGGGUCUUCCACAUCCCAGCCGCCGCCGCCGCCUGUUGCAGGGGCCGCAGGCGGGGCCGCCCAGGGCUCGUCCCGCUGGGGCGCCUGGCCGAGCGCGGCCCCAGGCGCGCGCGAGCCGCCCGCGCGCCUCUCGACCCCGCGCGCGGGCACGGCGGACGCCGACGGCCCUCUGGACGAAGGGACGCCGCGGCAGCCCACGCCGCGCCUCGGCCCGGCGCUGGGGGAGCCAGAAGCGCCGGCCCAGGCGCGGCGCGCACGCUUCCUGGACGCGUCGCCCGCCGCGUGGGCGCCACAGGCGCCCUGGCAGGCCGCCCGCCCGCGCUCCCCGUCUCUGCCGAGGGCCUGCCCCAGCGGCGGCCUCGCGGGCGCGGCCUGCGGGGACGAGUGGGCGCUCUCCUGCGCCUUCGCGGCCGGGCUGGCUCGCGAGGAGGCGCUCGCGCUGCACCCGUCACAGCGUGUGCUCGGGCUGACGCUGCCGCUCGGCGGCUCCGGGAGCGUCGUGGGCAGGCAACACCAGCUGAGCCUGUUCGAGGCGCUCCUGGCUGGGAGGAGGACUCUGCUGAGUCUCGUGUCCCGGAGCCACGUGCGGCUGGACAGGGCCACCGAGCACUCCGUGCGGGCCACCAACCUGAGCCAGAACGUGCUGCUGGUCAACGAGGCCGUGGUGCUGGGCUGCGGCGAGGCGGCCGAGCUCCAG